AUGAUGGAUUUGCAUGUGCUUCUAUGAAGAAAUGCCACGUGUCUCUACUGGUCCAAGAACGAACAUGCCCAGACUACUGCCACCUUAGGGGACUAGGGCUUGAUGACAGCUCUUCCCGGGGAAUCAGGCGUGGUCUGACCCAGGAACAGGAAGCACAUCGUCACCGAUGACAUCAUGACAGCAAGAGAGCACAGCCCUCGCCAUGGCACCAGGGCCCGUGCGAUGCAGCGGGCUUCUACCGUCGAUGUGGCAGCCGACAUGCUGGGCCUCUCUCUGGCAGGAAGUAUACAGGAUCCAGACGAGCCCAUUUUAGAAUUCAGCUUAGCUUGCAGUGAGCUGCAUACGCCGUCGCUAGAUCGAAAACCAAAUAGCUUUGUAGCAGUGAGUGUGACCACCCCACCCCAGGCGUUCUGGACGAAACACGCGCAGACGGAGAUCAUUGAGGGAACCAACGAUCCUAUAUUUCUAAGCAGUAUUGCCUUCUUUCAAGACUCUCUCAUCAAUCAGAUGACACAGAUCAAGCUCUCCGUGUAUGAUGUCAAGGAUAGAUCUCAGGGAACAAUGUACUUGCUGGGCUCUGGAACAUUUGUCGUCAAAGAUCUGCUCCAGGACAGGCGUCAUAGGUUGUAUUUAACACUAAGGUCUGCGGAGAGCGACCGCGUGGGCAACAUCACCGUGAUGGGCUGGCAGAUGGAGGAGAAGUCAGACCAGCGGCCCCCCGUGACCCGGUCUCUGGACACCGUCAACGGGAGGAUGGUUCUGCCUGUUGACGAGAGCUUGACCGAGGCCUUGGGAAUCCGAUCCAAAUACGCUUCGUUGCGAAAAGACACUUUACUGAAAUCGGUGUUUGGCGGUGCCGUCUGCCGCAUGUACCGGUUCCCGACCACCGAGGGCAACCACCUGCGGAUCCUGGAGCAGAUGGCAGAGAGCGUGCUGUCCCUGCACGUGCCCCGGCAGUUCGUGAAGCUCCUGCUGGAGGAGGACGCGGCCAGAGUGUGUGAACUGGAGGAGCUGGGGGAACUGUCCCCUUGCUGGGAGAGCCUCCGGCGCCAGAUCGUCACUCAGUACCAGACCAUCAUCCUCACGUACCAGGAGAACCUGACCGACCUCCAUCAGUACAAAGGUCCCUCGUUCAAGGCAAGCAGUUUGAAAGCAGAUAAAAAGUUAGAAUUUGUUCCCACAAACUUACACAUACAGAGGAUGAGAGUUCAGGACGAUGGAGGAUCAGAUCAGAACUACGACAUUGUCACCAUCGGAGCGCCAGCAGCACACUGCCAAGGCUUUAAGUCAGGAGGUCUCCGCAAAAAGCUGCACAAAUUUGAAGAGACCAAGAAACAUACGUCGUCCAGCUGCCAGUCCAUCAUCUACAUACCACAGGACAUUGUCAGAGCCAAGGAGAUCAUUGCCCAGAUCAACACCCUGAAAACCCAAGUGAGUUACUACGCAGAGAGGCUCUCGAGGGCGGCCAAGGACAGGUCCGCCACUGGCCUCGAAAGAACACUCGCCAUCUUAGCAGACAAGACCCGGCAGCUGGUCACCGUGUGCGACUGCAAGCUGCUGGCCACCUCCAUCCACGGGCUGAACGCGGCCCGGCCCGACUACAUCGCCUCCAAGGCCUCGCCCACCUCCACUGAGGAGGAGCAGGUGAUGCUGAGGAACGACCAGGACACCCUCAUGGCCAGGUGGUCGGGCAGGAACAGCCGGUCUUCCCUGCAGGUGGACUGGCACGAGGAGGAGUGGGAGAAGGUGUGGCUGAACGUGGACAAGAGCCUGGAGUGCAUCAUCCAGCGGGCAGACAAGCUGCUGCAGCGGGAGCGCCUGCAGGCCGAGGGCUGCGACCACAGCCUCCCCGGCACAGGCAGCUGCGCAGGAAGGAAAGGUGAGUGGAGCGAGGCCCUGUACCCCCUGCUGACCACCCUCACGGACUGCGUGGCCAUGAUGAGCGACAAGGCCAAGAAGGCGAUGGUCUUCCUGCUCAUGCAGGACAGCGCGCCCACCAUCGCCACCUUCCUGAGCCUGCAGUACCGCCGCGACGUGGUCUUCUGCCAGACGCUGACGGCGCUGAUCUGUGGCUUCGUCAUCAAGCUGAGGAACUGCCUGCACGACGACGGCUUCUUGCGGCAGCUCUACACCAUCGGGCUGCUCGCCCAGUUUGAGAGCCUGCUGAGCACCUACGGGGAGGAGCUGGCCAUGCUGGAGGACAUGAGUCUUGGGAUCAUGGACUUGAGGAACGUGACCUUCAAAGUCACUCAGGCUACUUCUAAUGCAUCAACCGACAUGCUGCCCGUCAUCACAGGAAAUCGGGAUGGCUUUAACGUGCGGAUCCCCCUGCCGGGCCCCCUGUUUGACGCCCUACCCCGGGAGAUCCAGAGCGGGAUGCUGCUGCGGGUGCAGCCCGUGCUCUUCAACGUGGGCAUCAACGAGCAGCAGACGCUGGCCGAAAGGUUUGGCGACACGUCUUUACAAGAAGUUAUCAACGUGGAGAGCUUGGUGCGGUUAAAUUCCUACUUCGAGCAGUUUAAGGAGGUUUUGCCAGAGGAUUGCCUACCUCGAUCUCGGAGCCAGACAUGCCUGCCGGAGCUGCUGCGGUUCCUGGGUCAGAACGUGCACGCCAGGAAGAACAAGAACGUUGACAUUCUCUGGCAAGCUGCUGAGGUCUGCCGCCGCCUCAAUGGGGUGCGGUUCACCAGCUGCAAGAGCGCCAAGGACCGCACGGCCAUGUCGGUGACACUGGAGCAGUGCCUGAUCCUGCAGCACGAGCACGGCAUGGCCCCGCAGGUCUUCACGCAGGCCCUGGAGUGCAUGCGCAGUGAGGGUUGUCGAAGAGAAAAUACAAUGAAGAAUGUUGGAAGUCGCAAAUAUGCGUUUAAUUCCCUGCAGCUGAAGGCUUUCCCCAAGCAUUACAGGCCUCCUGAAGGGACUUACGGAAAAGUUGAAACAUGAACACACGGUUUCCUCUAAUUAGCUGUUAUGUAAUAAAUGUGGGUACCCUCUAGUGUCAUAUAUGAAUUCUUCAAGAAGACCUGAAGGAUUGGUUUUUACUUUUAUGUUUUUAAAACUAUUUCACUAAAGAGUCUAUAGAGCAUGUUUUUUGCGUUGGAAUCCAUAGCAGGUAAUGUUGGGCUCACUAGUGUGGAGAGUUAACAACUGCCCAUUUAAACAGCCUUCAGCCAUAACCACACAGAUAUCAACAGUUACCUGUAUGAAUCAAGCCAGGUGCGUCUGAAAUGCUAAGACUUUCUAAAACGCCCACUUAGGCAGCUGCUCACCUAACUUAUUUUUCUACUGAGUAACUCAAAAUUGAGCAUUGAUUUACAAUCUACUUUUUAAAAAUCUCCAUGUAAAACAGUAAAUAAUAGUUUAAAUGAUUGGAUCCCGGGCAGACCACUAAAUGUUAAAUGUUAAGGGAAGUUUUGGGGAAAGACGCUCGCUCUGUCUCAUGCGGCCAGGGCGAGUGCUUCUGGUGCAUCAGCCUGCCUGUAACAGCACGGGUGGAACCAGGAGUUGAAGUAAAGGCUGAUAAAUCAGCCUGAGAUAAGACUUAUUAGAAGACAAUACCUGCAAAGCCGCCUGCACAGUAGGGGCCACCCCUGUCCCUUAAAGGACAGGGUGUCUGCUCGAGGGCAUGAGGCCAGCCGGCUCCUGUUGCCUUAUGCCCCGUGUGUAGUCCACGGCCCCAGGGCACGUCUCCCCUUCUUCCCCAGGUCAGGACCUCGCAUGCGGUAUUGUCUGAUGCCUCUCAGUCAACAAUGGGGGAUUUUGCAUAGAGACAGUGGAAGCCUAAAUAUUUUCAAAAUUGGUGUCCUCUGGUGGGUUUCCCAAUUUUUUGUCUUCUAGAAGACAAUACAAUCAUGUUUGAAUGUCUGAUGAAAGUGUCUUUUAGGUCUGCAAUAAUUGUUACUACUCAUUCUGUUAUGUAAGAUGGCUGUUGAGAAAGUUGAGAUAUCUCCUAAAAUGAGAUUUUGAAAGGGAUUAAUGGACCAUAAAACUUAGGAAUUUCAUAGAAAAUUAUGUCUGGUCAUCUAUUAUAAGAUGAUGAUGAGUCAUCUGCACAUAGCAGAGUUUUUUCUUAGUUUAUAUGUUUUUAUCAGUUGUUUUUAUCAUUAUGUUUACAUGUUAUUUAAAAGGCUGUAAAAGAAAUGUAUGUGGCACAUAUUCAUGAUACUGAUCCUAAUGACUUGUGAACCCUUAGGAAGUUCCUUUAUCUAAAAUUCUAAAUGCUAUUCUUUGGGCUCCUCUAGAAAUGCCACUUGGAAACACGUAACAGGCUUGGGCCUGGGGAGCUGAAGCACAGGCCAGACCACCCCUUGGCAGGGACAGAGGGUGGGCAUCAGGUAAGGGUGGAACCAGGUGACCUUUCAGAUCCUUUCCUCCUCAGAAGUCAGUGCACACCUGGAGCCUGCUGUCUCCUGACGCCCACUGGUGAGUGUGAACUGGUGUGGAGGGUGAGUCAGUGAGGGACCCUUGGUGCUCACCAACCCCUGCACAGCUGGGUUCACUGUGGAGGGCGGAGGUGGAGAAACGUGUCCCGCAAGCCCACUGCACAGGUGGCAGCAGGUGGUGUCAGAUUCUCCUGCUGUGUCGAUCCAUGUGCAGAGACAGCUUCCAGUAUGGCUGAUUUAGUCUUUCACCUCCACCACUUCAUUUAAUUUGUCAUUUUCUAGUAUCUAUAUAUUUCCAUCUUUACUCAUUUUAACAUUAUUUUUUAAAACUCCCUUGUAUUUUUAAUGUUACUCAUACAACUUUCAGAUUUUUUUUUUUUUUUUUGGUCUGAAGAGCAUUACCUGCAUUUACCAAAAGGGAAUAUAGCAAAUGUUGUCAUCUGUUAGCGGUUUUGCAUGUGGCACCUUUAUGUGAGUAUUUUCCUAAUUUUGGCUUCAUGUUGGAUCACCAUAAAAGUCGAAGACUUGGCUAAUCACGUAGAAAAUAUUCAGGUUUCAGUAUUCCACCUGAGCGUUACUCCCCCGCUCCUGUGCGGUAGUCAGUCUCACGGCGGCGCUGCACGAUUACAAAGCUCGUUGAGUGGGGGCCACAUUGCCCAUCGUGGUGGCUGCAGGUACCCAGGUCACACGGGAGCUUUGAGUUUUCAGUUGGAGAAGGAAGGCAGUUGUACAGGUUCCCGUAAAAUAGAGGUUCCAUCAAGUGCUCCUUAUAUAAGGCACCCAUUUAAAAAGAAACGUUGAGACACUGAAAGCUCAGAUGUGACGUGGAUUCUGUGAAAGCAUCUGCAGCACAGUUGCCUUUGGUUUCCUUUAAAAACGUACAAAUACUGUAUAAUAAGUUUUGUCCCUACACAAUUGUAUUUGCCAGGCUUAGUGCAUUAAGGUACUUUUAUUUAUUUGUUUUGGACAGUAUUAAUAUAUAUAAACAUAUAGUUACCGUUUUAUAUAUUCUUAGCUCAUUCAAAGCCAUGUAUGCUGUAAAUGUGCUAGUCUUUAGAAUGACAAUAAACAACUAACGAGAUCAUUAAA